GUCCCUGGCGCUCUAGAUGCCUGCCGCGAAAUCAUCGCUGCUUUAGGUCUAAGUACAUGAGCACAUCUGAACGUCAUCCCAUGUGCCGCUCAGUGAAUUGCCAACGAGUGUACUGCACCAGGGCACGUCGUGAGGGAAUGCUCGCAGUGUCACCAAUGCCAGUCUCGAGUCUACGUAGGGCUACGUCAUGGCCAUACCUUUUCUUUCAAGAGACCUUAUAUAAACCCAGCCAGUCGUCGAUGAACCUGAGCAACUCAUCAAACACAACAACUGUCUUAUCAUCACCAGUCUCACAAAGACCAUCGAUCUAUCCAAACUUAUCUUUUCAUAUCUACACCAACACUACUGCCCAUCAUGUCCGGAAUCAUGCACAAGGUCAAGGAUGCCAUGACUGGCCACCACAGCCAGUCCAGCAACACCUCGUCCUCCAACGCCGGUCCCCACUCCUCUAACAUGGCCAACAAGGUUGACCCCCGCGUCGACAGCGAUCGUGACAACCGCGCCCGCCACGAAGCUAUGGGUGGUGCUCACGGCCCCCACGACUCCAGCAUGGCCAACAAGAUGGACCCCCGUGUCGACAGUGACCGCGACAACCGCGCCCACCCCUCCGGCGGCAUGGGCGGUGCUGGCACUGGUGGCGCCUACACCUCCGGCGGAGCCUACGGCGGCAGCGGCAACGCCGGUCCUCACGGCUCCAGCACGGCUAACAAGAUGGAUCCCCGUGUUGACAGCGACCGCGACAACCAUGCCCGUCACGAAGCCCUCGGAGGAGCCCAGGGCCCUCACAGCUCCAGCAUGGCGAACAAGGCCGACCCCCGCGUUGACAGCGACCGAGACAACCGCGCUGCAGGCGGCUACGCCAGUUCCGGUGUCGGUCCCGGCUACGGAGGAGCAGGCUACAGCGGCGCUGGCACCGGCGCUGGCUACAGUGGAGGCGCAGGCGACUACACCACCAGCGGCGGCUACGGAGGCAGCAGCAACGCCGGUCCCCAUGGCUCCAACAUGGCCAACAAGAUGGAUCCCCGGAUCGACUCGGACAUGGACAACCGUGCCCGUCACCAGGGACUCGCCAGCAGCAGCUACAACGCCCCCGGCCAGAGCACCGCCGGCCCCCACGGCUCCGACAUGGCCAACAAGCUCGACCCCCGCGUCGACUCCGACCUCGACAACCGGGGCACUCUGGGGACCCAGCGUGGGUUUUGAGGGCCUCGUUGAACU